CGUUAUUUUACGCUCUGACUGGCGUUCUUUUUGGCCAAUAGCAGCUCAGCUUAAACUUGAGUGGCCUACAGCCGUCCAAUCCGCGUGUAGGUCCCGCCCAUAAAGCUUGACGUCUAUGUUGUCCUGCGAGUUUCACUCAAAUAGAACUCAGCGUGUCCGUGUGCGACUAGUUUGCUUAUCGAGACCAGAAAAAAACUCGCAGACAAAACAAAACACCAUGAACAGUUUAAUUAGCUCCACAGCCAGGUGUAUACGGUCCGGCGCGGCCGUGUGCUUACUCAGGCCAGCCGACGGACUCGUGCGGGCGGCCUCGGCCCGGUUCUUGUGCGCGGCGGCAGACCUCCAGAAGGACCUUGGCGAGAUGGUGAAGAAGGACAAGGUGGUGGUGUUUAUGAAGGGGACCCCGGCGCAGCCCAUGUGUGGCUUCAGCAACGCCGUGGUCCAGAUCCUCCGGAUGCACGGCGUGGACCAGUACGCUUCCUACAACGUCCUGGAAGACCAGGAGCUCAGAGAAGGAGUCAAAGUGUUCUCCAACUGGCCCACCAUCCCUCAGGUCUACUUCAACGGCGAGUUCGUGGGAGGCUGCGACAUCCUGCUCCAGAUGCACCAGAACGGCGACCUGGUGGACGAGCUGAAGAAGCUCGGCAUCCGCUCCGCUCUGCUGGACGCCGAGAAGGAAUCCAAGUAGGACAAAGGUGG